AUGUCCUACUACACAGUUAUUGCCGCUAUGGCUAUUCUUAUAGUGGGUUUAAAUGGUAAACCAACAACACUCGUAGCAAAUGAGCCAAAACGAUGUUGUGUACCAAAGCAGUUUAGUUCACAAAUGAGUACAUCAAACGGCGUGAAAUUGCCGGAUGGUACAACAAUUGCUAUAUAUGGAUAUUAUAAUUAUUCAUAUGAUGCGGAUCGUGGUAUGGUCGGAAUGAAAGGUGUAGCAUUUUCAAUACCAGAUCAACAGAAAUCAAAUCUAUGGAUUAUUGAAAAUAUGAAUGAUGGACAAAUUUAUACAAUUGAUCAAGAUUCGAAAAGAUGCUACAAAGGAACCAUGACAAUUAAGCCACUUCAUUGUAUUCCAGAUACAGCAACUUACUUACAUUCAUUCACAUAUGGAUAUGAUAAUAAACAAAUUAUUGGUGACACAUGGCUUGUUAAAAUCGAUCAAGCGAUUAAUUAUGCAACGGUUAGUCGUGAUGGUCUUUGUGUUCCAUUGACUGGACAUAUUUUCCUUCAAAAUCCUGCUAUAUUAACUGCAGUGACAACAACAGAUUUUACACCAAAUAUUGAUGAUCCAAGCAUAUUUGAUAUUCCUUCGGAAUAACGAAUUAAUGGAUUUAUUAGCUGUUUCAAGUGUUAUCACGUAUUUCGUUAUGGAUCUGCAAGUGGAACAAAGCACUUUAUCGAACAUUCAGAUCGAUGCUUCCCAUUAUCUUCUUCAAAUCCUGCUUCAGAUGAAAGAAAUGAUUCAAAAUUGGUUCAAUAUAAAUUAAAUCAAGUUGGUUUUCGACGAAAAGCUAAAUUAACAUUUAAAGAAAAAAAUGAAUUAAAAGAAGUUAAUGCACAAUGGAUUUGCACAGAUUUUAGGCCGUUUACAAUAGUAGAAGAUUAUGGUUUUGAACAUUUAGCGAAUAUGUUUAUUAAGAUGGGCGCUGAACAUGGACUUGUAGAUGCUAAAGAAUUAUUACCAAGUUGGCAUACAGUUACUCGUACUGUUGAUGAUCUAGCUGCUAAAUGUCGUAUCAAUUUAAAAGAAGAAUUAGUUGAACCAUUACAUGCUAAAGCAGUUACAAUUGUAUCUGAUUUUUGA